AGAGUUAGGACGACUCGCUGAUGCGUUUGGGUUGUAGCAAGGCUUUUUCUUUUUCAUUUUUCUUUUUUUAUACCUAGAAAAGGAGAAGCAAGAACCCUCAGAUCUUAUUUUUCGCUCCCCGCUCUCGCCCUUGUUUUUUUACUGUGUCUGUGCAUUUUAAAGGCGAAAAGACGAGGGGAACAAAACCGCCGGAUCCAUCCAUCAUUGUGGGUGGUUUUAAUUUUUUUCGUUUUUCUCUUAUUAGUUUUUUUAAACCACCGAUCUUCACAAUGAACAAACUGUAUAUCGGAAGCCUGAGCGAGAACGCCGUUCCUUCGGACCUAGAAAGUAUCUUCAAGGACGCCAAGAUCCCGGUGUCGGGACCCUUCCUGGUGAAGACAGGCUACGCGUUCGUGGACUGUCCGGACGACAGCUGGGCCCUCAAGGCCAUCGAGACACUUUCAGGUAAAGUGGAACUCCACGGGAAACUCAUAGAAGUUGAACAUUCAGUCCCAAAAAGGCAGAGGAUUCGGAAGCUUCAGAUACGAAAUAUUCCACCUCACCUACAGUGGGAGGUGCUGGAUAGUUUUCUAGUUCAGUACGGAGUGGUGGAAAGCUGUGAGCAAGUGACCACUGAAUCGGAGACUGCAGUUGUAAACGUAACCUAUUCCAAUAAGGACCAAGCCAGACAAGCGUUAGACAAACUAAAUGGAUUCCAGUUAGAAAACUUUACACUGAAAGUGGCCUACAUCCCUGACGACAUGGCUCCUCAGCAGAACUCCCCCCAGCAGCUUCGAGGUCGCCGUGGGUUUGGGCAGAGGGGCUCAUCGAGGCAGGGGUCCCCCGGAUCAGUGUCCAAGCAGAAAGCAUAUGACCUGCCUCUCCGACUGCUUGUUCCUACCCAAUUUGUGGGAGCCAUUAUAGGAAAAGAAGGCGCCACCAUUCGGAACAUCACGAAACAAACUCAGUCUAAGAUUGAUGUCCAUCGUAAAGAGAAUGCAGGUGCUGCUGAGAAGUCAAUUACCAUCCUCUCCACUCCCGAGGGCACCUCUGCCGCGUGUAAAUCUAUUCUGGAGAUUAUGCAUAAAGAAGCUCAAGAUAUAAAAUUCACAGAAGAGAUUCCCUUGAAGAUUUUAGCCCAUAAUAACUUCGUAGGCCGCCUUAUUGGUAAAGAAGGAAGAAAUCUUAAAAAAAUUGAACAAGACACAGACACUAAAAUCACAAUAUCUCCAUUGCAGGAAUUGACGCUGUAUAAUCCGGAACGCACCAUUACAGUUAAAGGCAGUGUUGAAACAUGUGCCAAAGCAGAGGAAGAGAUAAUGAAGAAAAUCAGGGAGUCUUAUGAAAAUGAUCUUGCUUCCAUGAAUCUUCAAGCACAUUUAAUUCCUGGAUUAAAUCUGAAUGCCUUGGGUCUCUUCCCACCUACUUCGGGGAUGCCACCACCCACCUCAGGGCCCCCUUCAGCCAUGACUCCUCCCUACACACAGUUUGAGCACUCAGAAACGGAGACCGUUCACCUGUUUAUCCCAGCCCUCUCAGUCGGCGCCAUUAUUGGCAAGCAGGGACAGCACAUCAAACAGCUUUCUCGCUUUGCUGGAGCUUCUAUCAAGAUUGCUCCAGCUGAAGCACCAGAUGCAAAAGUGAGGAUGGUGAUUAUAACUGGCCCUCCAGAGGCUCAGUUCAAGGCUCAGGGAAGAAUUUAUGGCAAAAUUAAAGAAGAAAACUUCGUUAGCCCUAAAGAAGAAGUGAAACUUGAAGCUCAUAUCAGAGUGCCAUCCUUUGCUGCUGGCAGAGUUAUUGGAAAAGGAGGCAAAACGGUGAAUGAGCUCCAGAAUUUGUCAAGUGCAGAAGUAGUUGUCCCUCGUGACCAGACACCUGAUGAAAAUGACCAGGUGGUUGUUAAAAUAACUGGUCACUUCUAUGCUUGCCAGGUUGCCCAGAGGAAAAUUCAGGAAAUUCUGACUCAGGUAAAACAACACCAACAGCAGAAGGCUCUGCAAAGUGGACCACCUCAGUCAAGACGAAAAUAAAGGCUCAGGAAACAGCCCACCACAGAGGCAGAGAUGCCAAACCAAAGACAGAUUGCUUAACCAACAGAUGGGCGCUGAACCCCUAUCCAGAAUCACAUGCACAAGUUUUUACCUAGCCAGUCGUUUCUUUGAGGACCAGGCAACUUUUGAACUCCUGUCUCUGUGAGAAUGUAUACUUUAUGCUCUCUAAAAUCUAUGACACCCAGCUUUAAAGAGAAUCAA